AUGGAUAGAAAAUGUGAUGUAAUUCUUCACAAAAAAGAUGAACCUAAUGAGCAUGCUGUGAGUGGGGAAGGAAAGAAUGGAAUGGUGAAUGGGACGAAAUAUUUAGCAGAUGGAUCUAUCAAGUUACCUAAAGCAGUGUUUGUAGGUUUUGCAGGUAUCCUACCACAAAAAGUUCCAUCAAGUUUGGCUGAUGUAGAUGAACUAAUUACAACGAUAUACAACAUGCUGCUUACUAAGGAAUGGGAGCAGUUCAGCCCAACCACUGUUCAAUCAAAACCCAGUGAACUACCUAAUGAUCUAAAAUAUUUAGAACCUGAACCAUUAUUAAAAAUUGAAGGAUUGUCAUGGCAAUUUCAAAGAUCUGAUGAAUUGAUGAGCACAUUUAAAGAUGCAUUAUUAAAUCAUUAUGAAAACUUUAUAUCAGAAAGAGGUAAAUCCAGAAUAGCAACAGAACUACUACAACUUGCAAAAGAUUGUGCUGUCAAUCAUUCAGCAUUACAAGAACAAUUGAAAAGUGCAUUAGUUUUUAAUAUUUCUUUUGAGAAUGGCACAGCAUUAGACAUAAAUGAUGAGAAAGAUCCUGAUAUAGGAAUAGGAACUAGGAUGUUAUUUCAACUUUUACCUAAUUGGCAUGGGAAUUGGAAUGUAUUUAAAAAAUCAUACAAAAUUGGAUCAGUUAAAAUAUUAGAGGAUUUAGCAAUAUUUAUUACUGUAGAUGGUAUGCAAGUAGCCAAGACAAGAGAUGCAACCACUCAUCAUCCAAUUGAACAAUACUUGGCUAGUUCUACUCAAAAACAGGGUUUUCUUCCUACUGUUUCUUUGUCACCUCCAACAUAUUUAAUCAAUAAGAUACCUCAAACAGACAUUGACAAUUAUAAUUUUUUGGAUUUGAUGAAUAAUAUACAUACACAGCUAGAGGAUCGUUACAAUUACUGGUUAACUAAAGCAAAUGAAUUUAAGCCUCUCCUUUGUGUUAUUUUAGCACACCAGAUAAUAGAAUUGGAUCAUCCCAUUCCUGGCACAAAAUUUUUUCCAGAAGAUUAUACCCAUUUGGGUUUAGUUAAAUUUGAGGUAUUGGUAGAUAGUUCAGUUAACCAAAAAAACUAUGUGAAAGAGCAUGAAAAGACAGCAGCUGAUGAUAAUGUAUUUAUAUUGUACACUUGUGGAGAAUCUAAGGAUGAUCUUCCAAAAAUGGAUACUCCAAAUUUAAAUACUGCUACCACCACUCAACUUACUGGUAUGAAAGGAAUAGGAAAUGAGUAUGCUCAAAGAAUAUUAGGCAAAUGCCCAUUUAGAGAUUUAGAUGAUUGUGAACUACCUAAUGAUCUAAGAUAUUUAGAACCUGAACCAUUAUUAAAAAUUGAAGGAUUGUCAUGGCAAUUUCAAAAAUCUGAUGAAUUGAUGAGCACAUUUAAAGAUGCAUUAUUAAAUCAUUAUGAAAACUUUAUAUCAGAAAGAGGUAAAUCCAGAAUAGCAACAGAACUACCACAACUUGCAAAAGAUUGUGCUGUCAAUCAUUCAGCAUUACAAGAACAAUUGAAAAGUGCAUUAGUUUUUAAUAUUUCUUUUGAGAAUGGCACAGCAUUAGACAUAAAUGAUGAGAAAGAUCCUGAUAUAGCAAUAGGAACUAGGAUGUUAUUUCAACUUUUACCUAAUUGGCAUGGGAAUUGGAAUGAAUUUAAAAAAUCAUACAAAAUUGGAUCAGUUAAAAUAUUAGAAGGAGUUGCCAAGAAUCUUGGUAAAAAACUUGAAGAUUUAGCAAUAUUUAUUACUGUAGAUGGUAUGCAAGCAAUUGAGACAAGAGAUGGUGAUGGAUUAAAUAAAACAUCUUUAUUAUAUUCUUAUUUAAUUACAAUUUCAAAUCUGGUACAAUCACAAUCAGGACUUUUUAUUAUUGAUACAUGUACAGCAACCACUCAUCAUCCAAUUGAACAAUACCUGGCUAGUUCUACCCAAAAACGGGGUUUUCUUCCUACUGUUUCUUUGUCACCUCCAACAUAUUUAAUCAAUAAGAUACCUCAAAAAGUUUUUCCAGAUCAUCCUAUUAUUGAUAUACUAGUUAAUGAUAUGGGUGGACAUGGACAUGCCUUAGAAGUAUUACAAAAUUCACUACAUAACAGAGACAUUGACAAUUAUAAUUUUUUGGAUUUGAUGAAUAAUAUACAUACACAGCUAGAGGAUCAUUACAAUUACUGGUUAACUAAAGCAAAUGAAUUUAAGCCUCUCCUUUGUGUUAUUUUAGCACACCAGAUAAUAGAAUUAGAUCAUCCAAUUCCUGGCACAAAAUUUUUUCCAGAAGAUUAUACCCAUUUGGGUUUAGUUAAAUUUGAGAGAUUGGUAGAUAUUCUCAAGUCUGAAAUAUUUGAUAACAAUGAAUGGAUUACAUUAGAAAAACUUUAUAAUGGUGCAAGACAUUCAUUUGGUGAUACUGGGAUUCACAAUCAACAUUUACAUCAGUGGCAAAAUGUACAAUGUGAGAAUAACAUAAUUGAAAUUAAUGACUAUUACAAAUAUUGUAUAAUAAAUGCACCUAAUGCACCAGCUGGUUCAGUUAACCAAAAAAACUAUGUGAAAGAGCAUGAAAAGACAGCAGCUGAUGAUAAUGUAUUUAUAUUGUACACUUGUGGAGAAUCUAAGGAUGAUCUUCCAAAAAUGGAUACUCCAAAUUUAAAUACUGCUACCACCACUCAACUUACUGGUAUGAAAGGAAUAGGAAAUGAGUAUGCUCAAAGAAUAUUAGGCAAAUGCCCAUUUAGAGAUUUAGAUGAUUGUGAAUCUAGAACAAAAAUCCCCCGGACAUUACUUGAACAGUUUCAGUUAAAGAGUUCUUUUAUAAGUAAAUUACCUUUUUGA